AUGGAAAGCCACAGCUACCGAGGGUCAGGGUCGCGUCCUUCGCCACUUCCGCCUCAUCAUCAAAACCAAAGAAGUCACGCAUCCGCAACUUUGGGCCAGUCGGAUUUCCAAGAAAUCGACUUCAUGAGGCGGCCAAUACGUGGACUUACUAAAGAAGCAGCAGGCACGCGUCAUUGGUAUGACCACACACACGGCUUAAGCAAUGACGACAGCACCCAGAGUGCCAGAGACCACCAUCCGCCUCGCGAAGAUAGAAACUUUCAAGACAUGGCCCGGUCACACAAGCACACGCCUCAAGCAAAUGCAGCCAAAAGAAAGGUUCAAGGACGGAAGAAAUCGAGAAACCACAACCGCUAUCAUCGUGGCGAGAACCCCACGUACGGCGGUGCUUAUGCACAAGGCCCGGAGAACUACAGUCUGAGCCAGUCUUCGCGUCGUGCUACAACAGACCGGAUGUCAUCUGCUGCUCAACCUCGAAGCCAUUCUCACCGGGACACCUGGAACGCAGCAUCAGGUCACGACCACCACUGGGAACAGGAUACCGGAUCGGGGCCGUGGGAUGAGGAAGCUGACCGUCGGAUCAAGUCUACCUGGGGUUUCGCCGUUCUUGAUGAAGAUGACGAGCUCUGGGCGCUUGAUUAUCCCAUCACCGAGACUCGUCGACCCGUACAACAGAGACUUGAGGCUAUGGCGGGGACCAUGGCAUUGCAGGAUAUUCAAGAAUGUCAUGAGCCAACACUUGUUGCGUCCCGACUUUUCCGUAACGUUGACGAUAAGGAGUCUCUAUCCAACGUCAAUACAACUCCACACUGGAAUGCGGUCUAUGAAGACCCGGUGUUCGCUUUGAUUCCCACCGAUGGAGAGAUUACCAGUUUCGAUGAACUGCAUGUGCGAAAGGAAGCUAUGGCUGCGGAGGCUAGGCCCAUGUACAUCCGCAGACGCAUCUUGCCAGAAGCCAGCCCACGAGAAUCGUCGGACGAAGAAGAAGGCCUUGUUACGCCCUCCGUCACCAGUCCCUCAAGGCCGCCGUCUCAGCUCCCUACGACUGUAGAAGCAACUUCAGCUCAACGCACUGCUCCCAGACAUCCGUGGCCCGUCUUGCUAAACUACGGCGACCCUUAUGAACCCCCCGAUCCAGCCGCCGACCCGCGCCAAUCCAGAGCAGGUGGUUUACCUCAAGACCAUGAUGAUUGGCGGAUGCAGAUGAGAACCUGGCAAAGAGAAUAUGAACGUCAGCAUCCAAACCAAUUUCAGCGGCAGCAAGAGAACAAAACGAACGAAAAGGUCGGACGUCAAAACAAUCCUCCUCCCCACGGACCUCGUGGAUCGGGAUCUUCUCAUCAUCGAGUCGAUUUCCGCAGCUACAAUGACCCUCGACAAGACAGUCGUCCAGGCCGGCAAGGGUCGCGACGAAAUCGGCAAGGAAGGAAAAAUAACAAACGAGGUCAGAAACAAUCCCCUAAGAAUCCAGAACAAUAUGUCACAGGCGAAGCAGGCGGUUCUGAAAAGCGGCGGAGGUUGAAUUGA